UGUCUCCUUUCCUGGGCUGUCUGGUGAGGGAGAGCCUGCGCCCUGUGAGCCUCACAGACAUGUUCAGUGCUUGGGAUCGCCGGGAGCGGCCCCCAGAGGAAGGAGCAGCCGCAGGGCUCCAGGGCUUCGGUGUGGACAAGACCUUCCUGUCUUCCCUCAAAGGCAUCCUGCUGGAAACUGAGCUGGCCCUGACCUUCGUCAUCUUCAUUUGCUUCACGGCCUCCAUCUCCGCCUACAUGGCUGCCGCGCUGCUGGAGUUCUUCAUCACGCUAGCCUUCCUCUUCCUCUAUGCCACCCAGUACUACCAGCGCUUCGAUAGGCUUAACUGGCCUUGUCUGGACUUCCUACGCUGCGUCAGCGCCAUCAUCAUCUUCCUGGUGGUCUCCUUUGCUGCUGUGACCUCGAGGGAGGGAGCCGCCAUUGCUGCUUUUGUUUUUGGCAUCAUCCUGGUCUCUGUCUUUGCCUACGAUGCAUUCAAGAUCUACCGAACUGAGUUGAUGCCCAGGACCACUGAGGGGGACCAGCAGUGAUCCCAGGGUUUCCUGGCUCCCACGACCAGACACAGGAAGUGCAGAGCCCGGAUGUGUCCCCUUUGGAGUCACUGAACCUCCCAAGUGCCCACCAUCUACUCCACGUCUACAGAGAUAUGUGCUUGAGAAGUCCCAGGGCAUCUGUGAAAAGUGGUGACAUUCUGGGGGUCGGGGUAGGUUGCUGUGCCUCCAAGUCAUUCUCAAAUUAAAAUAUUCAAAUCCUG